ACGCCUCCAUCUUCCUCUUCUGCCCUGCCCUCCCCUCCUCCGCCCUCCGCCCCCUGAAUCGGGGGGCGCGGGCCCUCGCGGGCCCCGCGCGCGCCGAUGCCGCCCAAGCUCCGGGGAGAAGGGGAAUGCCGGCUUCGCGGGCAUCAUGCUGAAGUGGGGCGCGGUCCUGGCCUUCUUCGCCCUGGGGCUCCUGUCGCUCGCGGGCAGGCCCGAGGCCAUCGGGGAGGCGACGCCCGGCAGCGGCAGCACGGGGCCCGUCUUGGGGCGGCCGCCCUCGCGCCCCCCGCCCUCGGGGGCGGGACCCGCGCCGGCCGCGGUCUUGCCCCAGCAGGGCUCGCACCCGCCGCCGGGCGUGGGCCGCGAGCCUUUCCCGCAGGUCGCGGCGUCCAUCGCUCUGCACCCGCCGAAGUUUCAUCAGGUCGGGCACCUGCUUAGCGAGUAUGUGAAGUGCCCCGCGGCGCAGAAGGCAAUGUCGAUAUGCCUGGUGUUCUCGGACGAGGAGGAGGAGGCGCUCUUCAAGAAGGGGCUCGGGAUCCUCUACCCCGAAGUGCAGGACUCGCACUACAUGUCAGCGGUCGCUGAUGUCAAUUCUGACGCAUUCUUUGAGUCGUUGAAAAUUCCCAGCACAAACGCCAAGCAGGUUGUCGCGGCGUGGAAGAAGUGGUUCGGGGUAGCUCAUCUGAUGGACCUCGGGGACAAGACACCGCAGUACGGCCUGAUGCUUGAUGCAGAGGUUGCUCUAUUCAACGCAUCCGACUGUGGAGCAAACAGCAAGUGGGACAGUUUCUACGAUCGCGUGCGCGCCAAGGAUGCGGCAAAGCUGUGGCCGACCGCCCAGCUGAGUAAGACCAUCAAGAUGGAGCCGAUCGGGGGGGGGCAGUUUCGGACUGGAUUCGGCCAUGGUCAGGGCAUCUUGAAGGGCAACGCGGACUUCAUUACUCACGGCGGGCUCAACUCGAGGCUGGGCGUCAUCAAGGAUUGCGAUACUGCCCCGUGCCUUGAGGUAAACAAGCAGAUCGAACUCGGGCUUUUCACAUGGUGGACCGAUCUUCCUUACGUGAACCUGGAGACUGCCAAAAGGAUGCUACAGUCCCUCAACCACGAUGGGUGCCCGAAGUGUUACCCAGCUGCGUUGCAGGGCCCAGGUUUCAAGCAGUUGCUAAAGGGAAUCCGCUUUCCACGCUUCGAGUACAUUUGCUAUCAGAUGUGGUGCAUCCUGCACGAGGGUUGGCACCUGUGGGACCUGACGAACUACACUGGAAUGGCGAAGUGGGGUUCGUUCCUGGAGGACCCGCAAGGGAAAGACGCGGAUCUCACGAUCAGCGAGCCGCUUUGGGUGUCAGCAGAGUGCAUCGUCAAGGCGGAGAAGGGCUUCAUCAAGCCGUUCUCGAUCUCGGCGCCGCCGCUGCUCGCCUUUCACAUCGACCACAACGACGGACGCUUCGGCUCGUCCCGGUGGCAGAUUGAAUGGAAGUUGCAAGUUCCAGGUUUUGAAGCGUACGUAGCCUUCGAUACGAGGGAACACAAUACUGGGCAUGGGGAGGGCCUCAGUAAGGAUAUCAUUCAGGAGCCCUACAGAGGACAGACUUUGGACCAGUGUAAGCAGAGGUGCUUGGAGGAGAAGCGUUGCAAUUGUGUCACGCACGGACGAAAGGAGCGUAAGUCGGCUGGAGAUUGCUGGUUGCUGUCGAAUUGCAAGGUAAAGGAGGAUUUCUCUUGGAACACUUACAUCAAGAAGCCAAUGAUUGGAGACGCGUCCAAGAAAAGCGCUAUCCUCAUCGCAGCUUCCUUUGUCUUUUGCUCCAAAUCUCCUGCCAACCACCACAUCU